UUGACUUGAUUUUGCUAUUAGAUAUUUUUCUAAUAUCAUGAUAUCAGCGAUAUCUAACAAAAGCAGCAUAUCCGCACGCAUUUGUGUACAGUUUUGAAAUCAUAUUACAUCAAUAUAUGAAUGCAUGCUAAGCGCUACGUCAUUGACAUCAUUUUGCUAUCUGGGUUAAUUGACAAUAAUUUUCAAUCGUCGAUUGGAUUAAUCAGAGUUUGGUGGAGCUCUUCCCCCAUGUCGCGAUAUCUUUAGGAUAUCCCUAUGACGUAUUUUGGACGUUUCCGCUGUUGGUUGCUACUUUAUAUUUUUCAUGCACCGUGCCGUUUACAUAGAUCGAUCAAUCACAGUUGAGAAUUUCGACACGACGGUCCCGUACUUCCGGUGAUUCUCGAAUGUGAUUGAUAAAUUCGCUCACUACUAAAGUUUCACUGCUUUAGGGUGACUUUCACCAAACCUCGUUUAAACCAAUUGACGACUUAAAAUCGCCGUCAGUCAAAUGUUACCUGCUCUAUCUUGCUAACACAGAGAGAAAUGAUUAAGUUUCUGAUUAUCGUUGAACGAGAAGUUACAGGAUUAGAUUGCUAUUCCACACGCAUCUACCGAUGUCGGUUUGGGUGCGUUAAGUGUCGUUGCGCGAAUAUAAUUUUAUUAUAAAAUAGCUAGGCAAAGACGCAUGCCGUCUCGAUUGCCGAAUCGAUAAUUCUUAUCGUUAUUCAUCGAUUAACUUAAUUAGAGUUUAGUGAAAGUCAUCCUUAUGCUUUUCCAUAUACCGCCGUCCGUUUGAGCGGAUCGAUCGAGAAUUUUGCCACGAUAGUCCCAUGUUUUCCAUAAUUUUCAAAUAUAAUCGGCCGAUUCGCUUAUUGCUCAAGCUUCGUCGCUUUGUGUUUCUCCAUGCGCCGCCUGUUUAAAAGAAUCGAUCAAUCACAGCCGAGAAUUACGACAUCGCGUUCUCCGAUAAUUCUCGAUUUGCUCAUUUAAUUUGUCGUUCUUCAAAUUCCACCGUUCAGGCUUUAUUCCACGUGCUAUUGCAGGCUUUACAGCGGAACGAGCGAAGAGACGACAAUGACAGAGUGCAGAAGGUGCAGACGAACGGAACCCGUUUCUCAGCCCGGUGGCCAAUCACCGAGAGCCAAUCGCGUGGCCCGCGAUGUGUCGCUUUGCCCGUCGGACCUUCAGCGAGUCGAGCAGUGGCGAGGAUCCAAAUCGACGAGUGCACGUCAGGCGAAUCUCCCUUUUCCCACCGGACGCGAGUGUCACUCUCCUUUAUCUGGCGGGCCGACAGCGCGCUAUCCACGACCUUGAGGCCGGCCAGCUGCGACAGAGUCCAACCGGUGUCGCGCCCAUUGGAACCGACCGACCCAACUGCCGCUUUAUUCGAAGGUGAACGAGCGCCAGGUAAACCAGAGGAAGAAUGAGCAAUCCGUACGCCGCGAUAUAUCCGCCAUCGGGUAAGGGACAUCCCGAUGCACAGCAGCCGAUCGCGACCGCGCCGCCGCCCGGUAUGUUCCCGGUGUCGCAGCCUCAUCCAAACGCAGCCGUAACGCCGCAAGGUGGUUGGUCUCCGCCGAAUACGAUAUAUCCGUCAGGCUUGGAAUACCUUAUGGGCCUUGAUUAUCUUUUCGUGAACCAGAAAGUCGAGCUGCUGGAAGUUUUCACUGGAUUUGAAACCAAAAACCGAUACGCUAUUAUGGACGUGACGGGAAAGCCGGUGUUUUACGCGGCCGAGGAAUCGGACGUCUGCUCGCGACUGUGCCUGGGCUCAGCCCGUCCCUGCGACUUCUCCGUGGUCGAUUUGAACGGACGGGAAGUCCUUCGCAUGAGUCGACCCUUCAGAUGUGACAGUUGCUGUUGCCCUUGCUGCUUACAGAUUAUGGAAAUAUAUAGCGGCAAUUUACUGCUCGGCACCGUUACUCAAGAGUGGAGUUUGUGGCGGCCAACGUUCACCGUCCGAGACGCGACCGGCAAUCCCGUGCUGAUAAUAAAAGGGCCGAUCAUUCGUUUCUGCAUCGAAGUAGUUUUCAAGGUGAAAUCUUUGGAUGAGAAACAGAAUGUCGGCGUAAUUCAGAAGAAUUGGGGCGGCUUCAGCCGAGAGUUGUUCACUGACGCCGAUCGGUUUGGUGUGCAAUUUCCGCGGGACCUCGACGUCAAGAUAAAAGCCGUGUUAUUAGGAGCGUGCCUUUUAUUGGACUUCAUGUACUUUGAGAAUCGCAGUUAAUUAAUAAUAUUAGCUUACAGUCAUUGUCGAAGUUUGUGCAUGCGAUUCGUCGGGUAUCCCAAAGGACACUCAAGAGCUUUAAAUGCCUUUCAGCCAGGCGCUUUAGGCGUCUCUUUAAGCGUUUAAAAAAUGAUAUAAUUAAAUACGCCAUGCGAUUAACUGUACAACGGGCAUACUCAACAAAGAAUCUUACUAAUCUUUAAUUAAUAAGAUUAACCAAUGAUAUAAUUAAGAUUUCCGAAUAUACUUUCCGAAUGUUAAUAUUUUCCACACACACACACGCACACCCACACACUCUCUCUCUCUCUCUCUCUCUCUCUCUCUCUCUCUCUAUACACUUACACAUAUUAUUGUUAACUACUUUUAUUAUUUUCUAAUAUAUUUAUAUAACAGUAACCAGCGCGGAGUUUACGGUAAUAAUCAGGAUUACUUUUGUAUUUGGGAAGUUCGGUCUUGCGAAGCUCUCUAUAUCGCUUGAAAGUCGUUUAUUACCCGUCUAAACCUAAAUUGCUACUUAAUUUGCGAUCUAUGAUGAAAAAAAUCGCUACGACUUUGCUAUAUAUAUAUAUAUAUAUAUAUAUAUAUAUUUAACGCUCAUAUAUUGCGUUAUUUUUAUUACCUUACCGUAUAUCUAAGCUGUCUUCCGAAUGUGGAAAACAUAACAGUUACUAAAUAAUAUAAAGGCACAAUAUACACUUCCCCCAAGAGUAUUGUAUAUUUUAAUAUGUGUGCAUCU